GGCAGCAUCAGUCAUUGCCUGCAACGCAUCCACCAUCAUCAGCAGCGCAAUGAGGAUCCUGGUCUGUGUGUUGCUGUUCGGACUGGCUCUGGCCGAGGAGAAGCAAGUGGAAAAGCGUGGGCUGAUUGGCUCCCUGGGUAGCUAUGGCGGCGGUGGGUACGGAUCGACUAUCGACCACGGCAUCGGCGCCAGCAGCUACAGCAGCGGCGGGAUCAGUGGUGGAUACGGGGGUGGCUACGCUGGUGGUUAUGGAGGCGGCUUUGGAGGCGGCUAUGGAGGUGGCUAUGGAGGCGGCAUCGCCUCUGGUGUCGGAGGCGCUCGAGUCACCAACAUCGCCAUCACCAAGCAGGUCCCCGUCCCGUACCCAGUACCAGUGCAGCGUACUGUCCCAGUACCAGUCAGGGUUCCUGUCACGGUGCCAGUCAACAGGCCGGUACCGGUGCCCGUCCCACAGCCGUACCCUGUCCCCGUGCAGAGGCCAGUCCCAGUACCCGUGAGUGUCCCUAGCCCAGUCCCCGUACCAGUACCACAGCCCGUCGUCGUCCACCAGCCGGUACCUGUCGUCGUGGGAGGCGGAGCUGGUGUCGGCGGAGGUCUCGGAGGCGGCUACGGCGGCGGCAUUGGAGGAGGCUACGGUGGAGGCUACGGAGGAGCCAUCGGCAGUGCCAUCGGCGGUGGCUACGGUGGUGGCUAUGGCGGUGGCUACGCUGGGGGUAUUUCUGGAGGCUACGGAGGCUACGGGAAAUACACGUCAUCUUUGACAGCUUUCGGUCGAAAGCUGAUUAAAUUACAUAAUAGUCCACGGUAUUUCACUAACGCUUUCGUGAAACUGCAAUCUAGCUCUACGCUCUGGAGAGUACGCCACUGGCGUGUAAUUAGACCGGUGGUGGAAGGAAAGGGUAGUGUAUAUAAGCUCCAGAGAGACGCUCAGGCAGCAUCAGUCAUUGCCUGCAACGCAUCCACCAUCAUCAGCAACGCAAUGAGGAUCCUGGUCUGUGUGUUGCUGUUCGGACUGGCUCUGGCCGAGGAGAAGCAAGUGGAAAAGCGUGGGCUGAUUGGCUCCCUGGGUAGCUAUGGCGGCGGUGGGUACGGAUCGACUAUCGACCACGGCAUCGGCGCCAGCAGCUACAGCAACGGCGGGAUCAGUGGUGGAUACGGAGCUGGCUAUGCUGGUGGUUUUGGAGGCGGCUUUGGAGGCGGCUAUGGUGGUGGCUAUGGAGGCGGCAUCGCCUCUGGUGUUGGAGGCGCUCGAGUCACCAACAUCGCCAUCACCAAGCAGGUCCCCGUCCCGUACCCAGUACCAGUGCAGCGUACUGUCCCAGUACCAGUCAGGGUUCCUGUCACGGUGCCAGUCAACAGGCCGGUACCGGUGCCCGUCCCACAGCCGUACCCUGUCCCCGUGCAGAGGCCAGUCCCAGUACCCGUGAGUGUCCCUAGCCCAGUCCCCGUACCAGUACCACAGCCCGUCGUCGUCAACCAGCCGGUACCUGUCGUCGUAGGAGGCGGAGCUGGUGUCGGCGGAGGUCUCGGAGGCGGCUACGGCGGCGGCAUUGGAGGAGGCUACGGUGGAGGCUACGGAGGAGCCAUCGGCGGUGCCAUCGGCGGUGGCUACGGUGGUGGCUAUGGCGGUGGCUACGCUGGGGUUCCAGAACAAGCAGCAGAAAGUGCUUUCACUGACUCUAAAAUCGAAAAGUCUCUGGCGCACGUCGAUAGUAAUUUCUGCUUCCUUGACAGCAGUGUUAAAGAAAUGGAACCCAUCGGGAUGCCCUUGCAGAAGCAGUUAGAAAUAGUUGAGAAACGCAAAUACAAGGUGUGCGUGUUGCUGUUCGGACUGGCUCUGGCCGAGGAGAAGCAAGUGGAAAAGCGUGGGCUGAUUGGCUCCCUGGGUAGCUAUGGCGGCGUUGGGUACGGAUCGACUAUCGACCACGGCAUCGGCGCCAGCAGCUACAGCAGCGGCGGGAUCAGUGGUGGAUACGGGGGUGGCUACGCUGGUGGUUAUGGAGGCGGCUUUGGAGGCGGCUAUGGUGGUGGCUUUGGAGGCGGCAUCGCCUCUGGUGUUGGAGGAGGUCAAGUGACCAACAUCGCCAUCACCAAGCAGGUCCCCGUCCCGUACCCAGUACCAGUGCAGCGUACUGUCCCAGUACCAGUCAGAGUUCCUGUCACGGUGCCAGUCAACAGGCCGGUACCGGUGCCCGUCCCACAGCCGUACCCUGUCCCCGUGCAGAGGCCAGUCCCAGUACCCGUGAGUGUCCCUAGCCCAGUCCCCGUACCAAUACCACAGCCCGUCGUCGUCAACCAGCCGGUACCUGUCGUCGUGGGAGGCGGAGCUGGUGUCGGCGGAGGUCUCGGAGGCGGCUACGGCGGCGGCAUUGGAGGAGGCUACGGUGGAGGCUACGGUGGAGGCUACGGUGGUGCCAUCGGCGGUGGCUACGGUGGUGGCUAUGGCGGUGGCUACGCUGGGGUGAAACCAUGUACCAGCAUCAGUCAUUGUCUGCUCACCGUUCCAUCUCCAGCAGCGGCAAUGAGGAUCCUGGUGUGCGUGUUCUUGUGUGGUUUGGCUCUCGCUGAAGAGAAGCAGGUAGAGAAACGGGGGUUGAUUGGCUCCCUGGGUGGCUAUGGAGGUGAUGGAUAUGGUAUUGGUGCCAGCAGCUACAGCAGUGGUGGGCUCAUAGGUGGUGGUUAUGGAGGCGGCUAUGGAGGCGGCUACGGAGGCGGCUUUGGAGGCGGCUAUGGAGGUGGUAUCAGCUCUGCAGUUGGAGGUGCUCGAGUCACCAACAUUGCCAUCACCAAGCAAGUCCCUGUCCCAUAUCCUGUAACUGUCCAGCGUACUGUCCCAGUACCAGUCAGGGUUCCUGUCACGGUGCCAGUCAACAGGCCGGUACCGGUGCCCGUCCCACAGCCGUACCCUGUCCCCGUGCAGAGGCCAGUCCCAGUACCCGUGAGCGUCCCUAGCCCAGUCCCCGUACCAGUACCACAGCCCGUCGUCGUCAACCAGCCGGUACCUGUCGUCGUGGGAGGCGGAGCUGGUGUCGGCGGAGGCCUCGGAGGCGGCUACGGCGGCGGCUAUGGCGGCGGCUUUGGUGGAGGCUACGGUGGGGGCUAUGGUGGCGCCAUCGGCGGUGGCUACGGUGGUGGUUAUUCUGCAGGCAUCUCUGGAGGCUAUGGAGGCUAUGGCAAAUACGGCCACUAACAUCAGUAGCUGACCUGAACGUCUCAAACGAAACACAACGCCAGAAAAUCAUUGUUUAUGCUUUACAUCCGUCUGUAUAGCAGUAAAUAAAUGAGACCUGAUA